AUGUUUCCACCUAUAAAACGUCUUCGAACUGAUGAAAAUCAUGAAGAAUCUGAUAUUGGAGGAGGAGGAAGAGGAGCAGUAGCAUCUGCUUCAUCGAUGUUGGACGAUUUUGAAAUGACUGAUGAUGAAUUACUAUUUUCUGCCACACAAGUUGAACAACAAACAAAUUAUGAUUAUUAUCAAGCACAACCUGCUAGUCAAAAUCCUUCUCGAUCUCAUUUACAAGCACCAAUAUUUUCAACUCAAACAAUUCUUCAACCAAUACCAUCCGAAGGAAAUCGGACACAAAAUAUAAAUAAAGAACUUGAACUUGAACGAAAAUUAUUAAUGAAAGAAGGUCAAAUAAUUAUUCUUGAAAAAAAUAAUCGACUCUUAAGCGAAAAAAAUGCUCGACUUACUCGAGAAAAAUGUCUUUUAAAAACGGAACAAGAUGAAGCAGCAAGUGCUCGUGAACAACGUCUUAAAAUGCAACUUGAAACAUGUAAAUCUCAAUUAACGUUUAAUGAACGUGAACGUAGUGAAUUACAAACACGUUAUCAUGCCCUUGAAAUGCGUUUUCAUGAAAGUCAAGAAACAAGUAAUCGUCUUUUGCGUGAAGUAACACGUCUUCGUACUGAUAAACCACAAAUAAAUUCUCAACAGCAACAACAACAACAACAGUUCACAAGUUCAACAUCACAUCAUUAUCGUCUUCUUCAAACUCAGUUAACACAGUUUUCAGCCUAUGAAUUAUUACGUACACGUACAAUUGAUUCAUCAGUAAUGGCUAUAUCAAGUUUACAAAUAAUACUUGAUCGAAUUCGGCCACAAUCAAUAACUCAACAUAUUUGGCAAACAUUAGUUGAUUUAAUAUUUUUUCAUCAACAAAAUUCUACAUUAAUGAAAUUACAACAACAAGAUUUAACUAUUGGAAUUGAUUUAAUAACAAUGACUGCAUUUUAUCAAAUGAUUUAUAAUAUAUUACAGUUAUUUAAUAAUCAAAAAAAUCGAAUAACAACAAAUAAUAAUGAUCAACAACAACAAAUUUUAACAUAUGAACAAUUAAUAUUAAUACUUGAUGCCUGUUCACAUUUUCUUUUAAAUACAGUUAAAUCAACAGAAUCAAUAAAUAAACAAGAAAAUACAUCUACGAUUAAAAAACAACAUGUAUGUUUAGAUAAUAAAAAAAAUAAUAUUAUUUCAGCGAAAAUGAAUUGA